AGUAUGAAACAAGAAAAAGAUUGACAUGAAAUAAAUUCUAAAAACUAAUUUUUGAAACAUUUACUCGUCAAAAUGAAUUUUCAAUUCUUUUCUUUAGUUUAUGAGAGGAGGUGCAAAAAGCCAUUCUUUCUUCCCCCAUUUGUAAAGCAAGAAGCCCCAUUUUCAAAACCCAACCACCAAAAUACCACAUACACCCUCUUCACAUUUCCCUGUCCUAAAAGGCUAAAACAGUAAAACUUUCCUCCGACACCACCACCGCCAUCACCACGUUGACUUUCUACAAUUCAGACAAACAAAACACCAAUAACGAAAAAGCACAACCCAACAUCACAACCACCUCUCCGAAAAAAAAAAACCCAACCUAACCCAAAACCUCAUUCCCCAAUUCAAUUCAAUGUUUUCCCUCUCAAAACCCAUCCUUUCUCCGGUUCGCCCCACCCUCCCUCCGGUUCGCUGCGGGUCCCGCGAGCUCCGCGAGCGAAUCAAGACCGUCCAAACCACUCAAAAGAUCACCGAAGCCAUGAAACUCAUCUCCGCCGCGCGCGUCCGCCGCGCCCAGGAGGCCGUCGUCAGUGGCCGCCCCUUCUCCUCAAACCUCGCCGCAAUGCUAAACGACAUCACCCAGCGCCUCCAAAACGACGACGUCUCCACCCCUCUCACCCACGCCAGACCCGUCAGAACCGUUGCACUCGUCGUCGUCACCGCGGACCGCGGCCUCUGCGGCGGCUUCAACAAAUCGGUUAUCCGAAAAGCCCUCGUACGAAUCGAGGAACUGGAAAAACUCAACUUGGGGUGCGUUGUGAUCAGCGUUGGCAAAAAGGGUAACUCGUUUUUCACUCACAGUAUAAAUAAGAAACACCCUUUUGUGAAAGUUGAUAGCUUUAUCGAAAUUGGUGGGUUUCCUACCGCAAAGGAGGCUCAGGUUAUCGCCGAUGAUGUUUUUUCACUGUUUGUUAGUGAGGAGGUUGAUAAGGUUGAGCUUGUGUACGCUAAGUUUGUUUCAUUGGUUAGGUUUGAGCCUGUGAUUCAGAAUUUGUUGCCUUUGGGAGAGGUUUGUGAUGUGAAAGAUGAGAUUUUUAGGUUGAGUAGUAAAGAGGGUAAGUUAGCUGUGGAGAGGGAUGUUGUGAAGUUGAAAAAAGAGGGUGAGAUGUGUUUUCCUCUCAUGGAGUUUGAGCAGGAUCCUGUUAUGAUUCUUGAUGCCAUGUUGCCUCUUUAUUUGAAUAGUCAGGUUUUGAGGGGUUUGCAGGAGUCUAUGGCCAGUGAGCUUGCUGCUAGGAUGGUGGCCAUGUCAAAUGCCACGGAUAACGCAGUUGAUUUGAGCAAGAGGCUUUCGGUUGAGUACAAUCGGGAACGGCAGGCAAAGAUCACCGGGGAGUUGUUGGAGAUUGUGGCUGGAGCUGAGGCAUUAGCAGAAAAUGACUGAUGAGUGGGACUUGGUUUUUGUUUUGCUUACCAUUGUGGUGUUGAGAAUUAGCUUGCAUAUACUCUUACGAUGGAUUUUGUUCGGUCGUGGUCCAAGUUGUUGAAUUGGUCAUUGCACAGCAAUCAGGGAGGAGAGGAGAGAAAAUGUGAUCAUGGGGGAGAUUUUGGUUGGAGAGAAAUCCUGCGGGAGAGAAAUCUUACAAUGUGAACAUAAGAAGCGCUAAUUGUGACUUGACGGUAUUUUCAACUGAGUUUGGAUCCUACCAUGCUUGCCCUGCAAGAUUUCUCUCUAUUUGAAAUCUUGACUGUGCAUCACCUUUUCCUUCUCCAUGCUUGUUGAGUAAUGCCAAAUUUAACAGCUUGGAUCUCGGUUGGAUGAAAUCAAGUUGGAGAGGACCCAAGCUCAGCUGUUAUUAACUUUAGUUCUUAAUUUAUGAAACUUUUACUUUAGUCUUAAAAUUUGUAAAAUGUUGCAAAGUGUUGUUCACUUUAGUCCUCAUGCCAAUGAAAAGUUGAAAACUAGUGAAAAAGGACUAGGAGAAUGACAUUUUGCAACAUCAGUGAUUGAAAUUAGAGUUUUGUAAAGUUAGGAUUAAAGUGAAUGCUGCUUUCAAUUUUGGAUAUCAAAAUGAGGGUUUACACAAUACGUGGUUGAGGAGUUUCCCAACUUUACUAAUAGUCUUAAAAGUUGAUUGAGAAAUACAUGUGGAGAGUUUUGACCCGUUUUCAAGAAAGUGCAUUGCUUUUC